ACCAAUAUUAUUUUGUUGAAAUCGCGUGAUUUUGUUUAUCCCUAAUCUUCGCCUGGGCGAGUGCAAUAGGGUAUGUUAAAGAAACAGCCAUUGUGUUAAUAUUGCGUCGCCUGUUUCUAGUAAAAUUCUGGUGUUUAAUUUCUGAAUAUAUCUGUAUCAAUGAAUACCAGCCGCCUCGUGUCAUGUGUGAGGACGACUUAGUAUGGCGGAUUUAUUGCAUGCAUUAAGUGUGAGAAGAUCAACUACGACGAUAAAAACAGACCUUGCGGCGGAUAAGUUUAUUUGUCUUUUUUAUUAAAAAUAAUAUUCGGACUUGAUUCAAUUUUUAAUUUAUUCUAUAUUCACGAAAAGAGAAAGAUUUUGUAACGCUAAAUAAAUUGUUCGUUAAGGUCGUGUGUGCGUGAGUCAGGUUUAGAUCAGUGAAAAAAAUCAUAACUACCACUAACGCGUAAUUAAUCGUAAUUUUCAUGGAAAAGUAUUCACCGUAUCGUAAUAUUUGUUUCUGAUUGCUACGAAUGGACGGGAUUAGUUGUUUAUGGUUUGAGGGUAAGUUUAAGAAUGGCUAGCGAUUUGUCGAGCGGGUGUACAGAAGCAAUCGAAGUGCUGGAUGAAAAAGAGGAGGGUGAAAUAUCUUUGGAAGAUGUGAGUUCCUCCGAGGAAGGACAUUUAAAUUACGGAUACGGGAACAGGCUUCCACAAUGUUCUAACUGCUUGUCGACCCAACAUAAUGCAACGUGGUGCACUGCUCCUGCCAAAUUUUAUCAUUCUAAAGGCCCUAACAGAAGAGAAGUUGACCUUAUUCUACAAGAUGCAGUCCAGGGAAAAGAAAACCGUCACCAGAUCAAAGAAUCAGGAUGCAUCGGAACAAAGCACAUAGUUUCUACGCUUCAAGAAAAAAAUGAUGACCUUGUACCUAUUUCAAGCGAUAGCGACAUGGAAAUUGUUGGUCUUGCAGAUAAUUCUAAACAAAUUGUUCUACGUUCGACAUCAAAAACUAGAGUGAAAAAAAAAAGGAAAAAGAAAAGAAAUCAUGCACCUGCGAUGACAAUAGAUGAUUUAGUUUCUUCGUCUACUGUGGACAUAUCCGUGUCAGAAUGUGUCGGUACAUUGAAACACGAUACAACAAAAGUUAAUUCUUUAAGAUCGCACCAUAGAGAAAUGAGUCCUGUCCAUAGAACCAGAUCAAGAACAGAUCCAAGAUCACCUUCCAGAAGACAUAGAUCUCUUGUAAGAACACAUUCUCCUUUCAAAAGAUCAAAAUCUCCAGUUGUGCGUACCAGAUCACCAACGAUAAAAAGAUCUCCAAAAAGACCUAAGUCUCCUAAACGAUCACCAUACAGAGCAGUAGGAAAAACAGUACCUCGGAAAACAUCACAUCUUGAGUCGAUGUCAUCGUCUCAUAAUUAUGUCGAUACACAUAAACUACUUAAAAAAGUUAGACAUUUAGAUUCGAUAGGAACUCAUUCGUUAGAAGAAACUUUAAAUAAAAACAAGGAGCAUGCAUCAUCUUUAAAAGAGAAAUUAACAAAUAUGAUGAAAGGAGUCUGUGACAAUAACAGUGACGUGACAAGUUUGCCUAAAGAAAAGACCAAUAUGCAUGCAAAUAAAACUGAACUUAAUGAUGCAGAUGAUGAUGAAGAUUUGGCAUUACUAAGACAAAAAGCACUUGAAACAAAACAAAGGAAAUCGAAUAAACAGAAUGAACAGCCAAAGGUAGAAGCUGCAAAAAAAGUAAAUGCAAAUAUAGAUGAUGAUCAAGAUGAAGAAGAUUUAGAAUUGAGAAUGAUUGCGCUUCGUUCUGCUGUAUUAAAAAAGCAUCAAAAUAGAAUUCAAAAAGGUAUGAAAUCAGGGAAAUAUAGGAAAUCUAAUAUAUCCCGUAGUGAAAGCCCAUUCACUCAAAGCUUUCUAGACAGUAUCCCUAUACCUGGAGAAGAAUUACUAAAUUUUGCGUCGCCACCGCAUACUCCGCUUACUAUGAAUGAAAGUAAUCAUACUGAGGAUAUGGAUUUAGAUACAGAUAUUGAGCGGGAGAAAGAAAAAUUGCCAUAUUCUCCAACAGAUAAAAUUACUGUGAAUAUACCUAUGGAUACAGAAUUAUUAGGUAUUCAACCAUCUGAUGUGUCUUUUAUCAGUGUUAAUGAAGCAAAUAGUAGUCCAGAUUUUCAUGUAUCUGCAACACCUAAUCAGGAUGAUCAAAAGUCUUAUCAGGGAAAAAUUAUUGAAAACAAAAGUUACUUACCAAAUGUUACAUAUUAUACAUUAUCACAGAAUGCAUUGUAUACAACAACAACUGUAAAUCCACAAUAUUCACCAAUAGAUCCAACAGAGACUGUUAGAACCGAUUUUAUGAAAGUACAUAAUUCUGAAGUAAAUGCUCUCAAAAAUAGUAACACUUCCGCCUUUGUAGACAAUAAUACAAAUCAAGAAAUACCUUAUUCUCCAACCGAUACUCCAAUAUAUGAUCCAGAUCUAUCGCAUGAGCUUCCUCAAACUCCCGGUCCAAUUGCUACCUCAAAUUCUUCUAUAGUAUGUACAGGAUCUUCUUACAGUUCUAAUAUGCAUGAAAAUAAUGAACAAUACAAUUACAUGUUAGCAAGCCAACAAAUACAAUCAACAGGACAGAUAAACAAUGCAAAUGAAGAUGAACAUCUAGAUAAACUAGAAACACUUUCUAUGGAUGCAGUUGUUGGUUCUGCUACAAGUUCUCUUAGAGAAUCGUUAUCAACAGGUAGUACAACAACGAUUGAUUCUCCAUCUGAAAUAGAUGCAGAUACUAGUCCAUUGACUGAGUCUCUUAAAAGUGAAAAACAUAUGGAAUACAUUCCAAAUGAUGUUAAAGAAGUAGUACCAGAACCUCUUUACAUGAAAGGAGUACCGGAUGUUACCAAAGAUACAAAUAAAAUACCAACACUAAUUAACAGAACGCUCGUUCCAGCAUCAAUUUUAAAAACAAACAAACAAUUACAACAACCUUUGCCUAUAAAAAAGUCCAUAAUACAGGAACCGACAUUUAAAAGUGCUGAAAUGCAACCAGUUAUCAUUAAUGAAGAAACUAGUUCAAGAACAAAUACUUCCUUCAAACCAAUUAAAUUAAUGUUGUUUCCACAAAAAUCUCAUUCUAUUUUAACAAUACCCACUGCAUUUCCUGAUCCCUUGUAUGGAGAUUCAACUAACAAAACACCUACAAAUAAAGAUAACUUACUAAUAGAAGGCAAUAACAAUGUGACUCAAAUACAAAAGGAUGAAACUAUAAAUACAGAAAAUAAAACUUGUGAUACUGUGAGUCUAACACAGAAGAAGAAAUCUACAAGGAAAGGAACAAAGAGAAAAAAUAUUGGUACAACAAAGUUAGGCACUAAAGAACAUGAUGUAACUGGUACAAAUAGUGACAAUAUGAAUAUUUUAGAUAAACAAAUAAAUAAAACGUCUGAAACUGAAGAUCUUGAAACGUGUAAAAAUAGUAAAAUGCAAUUGAAUGCAAAAGAUAAUGUAAAGAUAUCUAAUUCAGAAACAUCAAAUAAUAUUCUUGAUGAAAAGAAUCAAAUUUCGUGCGAAACAAACGUAGACGAGACGAGGACUAAAGAUACUUCGUCUAGUGAUACAGUAGAACAAGUUAAGAAUAUGGAUACUAGAAGACAAAGCCUAGACGAAGAUGAAGAAGCAUUGAGAGCAAUUUUAUUAGCUUCUUUACCAAAACGGACAAAAUCUACCAACCAAAAACAAUCGAAUUUAACUGCAGUUACAACUGCAUUAUCAAAUUGUAAUAAUCAGGUAUUUGCAAAUCAAACUAUAUCAGAAGUUGCAUUAUCCAUGGUUAAUACAAUUAAUACACCAGACACUAAUGGCACAUGUUCAAGCUCGCAUGCAAAUUCAUGUACUCCUGAAAGUAAUAAAAAUCAGACAAAUUCUGGAGAAAAAGUAAUUAAUACAAGCACACAGGGGAGUUUAACUGCUGAAACUGUUACAUUAGGUUCUGUAACUUCUGGAAGGAAAAGAUUAAUUCCUAUGACUAAGGGUCCACAAAAGAAACUUGUGAAAAGAAUUCCAAUUUCUGCAAGUACGAAAGUUGUAAACAAUGCAAAGAAAUAUCAAAAUGCAAUGGUCCAAAAGAAAUUGAACUUGCAAAAAGCUGCACUAUAUAGCAAACAAAAGUUAACAGAAAAUAAAAUUCUUACUGAAGUAAAAUCUAAUGACAACAAGUGGUCUGCAAGCACAAAGAAAUCCUUGCCUGACACACAAAGAAUUGUAAUAAAUUUGGAAUCUGACACGGAAAGUGAUUCUGAAUCUGAACGGCAUACAAACAAAAUUGUCUCUUCCGUCAAUUCUCUCGCAGUAGAUAAACCUCAACCACUGAUAAAUGACACAGUUGAAUUUGAAAAAAAUUUAGAUCAGUUUUUACGAGCUGUAAGAAAGAAACAAGAAUCUUUGGCAGCUGCAAGACCAACUUCGAUAUCACAGACACCAAAGAAAGAUGCAAUAUUAACAACAAAAUCAGAUAAUUCAUCUAAUCUUCAUACACCUUUGGCGGUACGUCAUUUACCUGCAUCCCAACAAGAAGAAUAUCGUCGGUUAAAACAACAAAUUAUGGAACGUGAAAAAUUGAAAUUACAUAGAACCGUAGAAAAUAACGGUACGACUAAAAAUAAAAGCACAGAAAUAUCUACAAAGUCGAUAUUACUCAACAAUCCGAAUAAAGAGUUACAUUCAAAAAUAAAUCAGGCUAUUUCUGUAAAAAGUCUGGAUGUAAAUACACAACAACUGAACAAAGAGAACUGUUCAAAAAAUUUGGAUACGAUAAAAAGUACGCAUGCAAACGGACAAUUGUGUACUAAUAAUGUACAUAGUGUUGAUAAACAAGGAAAUGUAAGUCCAAAUCAGGCAAAAACUAUAUCGAGAUUGAUGACAAAUUUAAAUAUAUGUAUAUCCAACGAAAAUAAUUUGAAUAAAGUUGAAAAUAAAAUAGCUGGAAAUCCUUUGCAGUCUGUUACUACACCGCGUAAAGUUUUUGAACCAUCUGCAAAUGAAAUUCCAGUAAAAUCGAAAACUUCGCCAAGCUUGAAAGUUUUAUCCACGGAUGAAGUAAAUCAAAAGUAUGUACAAAUUCAAGUAAAAAACGAUACAAAUGAACGAGUGGUAACAAUACAUGAUAAAGUGACCUUAAAUAACAAAACAGUAAUUAAUCAAAGUAAAAAUAUUUCUGAAAAUAAAGAUAAGUGUAAUCAAGAUGAACAUAAACCACCUGUAGAUCAAGAAAUUAUUACUAAUUAUACUCAAUGUAGUGGCGAUACUGUGGAUUCAGAUGCAUCUACUCUUAUUCUAACAAGAGACAAUGACGGUACACAAAGUAUAAGAAGUCUUGAUACGUCUGAAUCAACGAUUCGACUUUCACAGUGCGGAGACGAUAGUCGGGCAUCGACAAUUUUAAUACCAGAAAGUAAAGACGAAAGUUAUAUUUCAUUAUUCAAAAAUAAUCUAUUAUCAAAUGAUAAAAGAAGUAUAGAAGAAAGUUGGGGAGCGAUUAAAAGAGAUGUCAAAACAGAGCUAAGUACUCUUAUUAAUCUUUCACGGGUUGAACAAGAGCAACAUUUAUUAGAUACAGAAGAGAAAUUAGUUUUGAAACGUUAUACGAUAAUAGAUGAAUUAGCUGAAAUGUCGGGUAAUCUUCGUCAAUGGCACAUGGAACGAGACCUUCAAACAAAUUUAGUUGCGGAAGUAAAGAAACUCAGGGAACAACUCAAAGUUGCUGAAGAAAGAUUACAGAUGCAACGUAAUCAUAUAAAUAAUAUAGGUCCUAAAGUAGUGGCGGGGCAUGGAAAAAUCAAUGCAGGCCGGCAAGAAUGUUUUAAACUUGCAACGAUUUGUUCAAGUUUAGGAAGUAGAAUUAUAGGAAAAGAAUACAAGGUACCUGAAGCUGGAGCACAACUUUUAAAUAAUAGAUUGAAAGAAGUGGCCAAUCACACGCGGCAGCUAUCUCGGAAAAAAGUACCAUCCAUCGACAUACCCGAAGUACACGAAUUAACGAAAUUAAGCGACGAAACUGCAUCUAUUGUGCAUUCGGAAAUCUCGCAGAUUGAUGAUCUGUCAUUAGAAAAAGACAAUGUAGAUUAUAUUGGCAUAAAGAUUUCAAACGAGAAUGAAAUUGAAAGCAAUUUAUCAUUAGAAACAACUACAAUAAAUUUAGAAGAAACGAGUGAAGAAGAAACCGUGACAUUGUAUAAUUCGUAUGUUAGCAAUAAUGCAGAAAGCAACAUUGAACAUGAAGUAUCUAUUGAACAGGGAAUAUCUAAUGAACAAGAAGUACCCGCUGAACAAGAAGUAUCUACUGUACCAGAAAUAUCUACUGAACAAGAAGUAUCUACUGUACCAGAAAUAUCUACUGUACAAGAAUUAUCUACUGUACCAGAAAUAUCUACUGUACAAGAAGUACCUGCUGAACGAGAAGUAUCUACUGAACAAACAGAUUCAAAUAGUACCUCUGUUAUUACUUCUGAUAUUCCUAGUUCAAAAAAUACUCAAGAAUCUGGCCACAAAGAAUCAUCAGAAAAUGAGAUGGUAAGACCUAGCUCCUCGACUUCGGAAUCUUGCAAUCAGAAAGAAAAUUCUACAAAACCUGAAGUGGGACACCAAAUCAAGAAGACGCUGCUACCUUAUGAAUCAAUAUUAACUCAUUUUAAAGUACCAAGGAACACGAAUCCCAAUGGCGUCCUUUGUCCGUACGAGUUAAUGGGAACUUGCAAUGAUGGAGAUUGUCAAUUUAUUCAUCAAAGAGACAGUCGAGCCAAGUAGCAUUUAGCUACUAAAAUGGCAUUGUUAAGUUAUACGUAAGGUGGUUUUAAUCUUUAAUCAUAAGAUUCAGGGGGCUUUGUGAAAUAAGAAUCCAAUCAAGGCUUUCAUUGAAAGCGAUCACGUUAUCUAUAAUUCGUUCUAAUGGAUAUAGUUUUCCAUUGAAAUAAAACAUUGCUAUUUUUGCCAUUACAGGUACUGUUUCUGAAGAAGCAAUAUCCUGUGUAGAUGGAAUUAUCCAGUUAACAACCGAAGAAGUCACACACCCGAAGAUGGUAAGUUGUCUUCAUCAUGGCAGGAGUUUUGUGCACAAAUUAAAAUAGCCAUUUUAUUAUAUAAGGAUCUUAAAUUUUAAGCAAAACAGAAUUUUUAAUACUGUGCUAUUUCAAGCUUCUAUUCUAUCGAAAGUUUAAAGAAGAUUUGCUGCAAGUGUUUAUUUUUUACAUAUGUAAAAAGUGUCGUAUAAACUGCAAAUACUUAGUGUGGUUAAUGUAAAAAAAUAAAAGAAGAAAUUGUUGACCGAUUGUUGAAGACAGCCGUACAACAAGCCGACAUCGGGCAUUGCAACAAAUAUUCAUUUCACACUUCUAUUUAAGUUACUUCAUAAAAAGUCUUG